AUGUGGGACUACUACUGGGGCCUCAGCAGUCUCUGGGUGGGCUGGAUGCCAGAUUGGGAUCCCCAGUGCAAAGUCCCCAGGCCUCAGGCAGCUCUGAGCAGGGCACUGGAAGUCGCUCAUGUCUCGGGAAGAGACAAGAGCUCUGGUCUCGGGAGGAGACAGAGUGUGAUCAGCAGACAUGCUAGGGGAUCACCGACUGCCACCCUGGAAGAUGUUCCAAGAAGUCUGGGGGAACCUCAGGGACGCUUGGGAGAUUCCCAUCUGGGAGCCGGGGAGAACAUUAAUAUCUACUGGAGUCCCGAUGGGCAGACUGUUGCUGUGGGCAACAAGGAUGAUGUUGCUGGUUUUAUUGAUGCCAAGACAUACCGUUCCAAAGCGGAAGAGCAGUUCAAGUUUGAGGUCAAUGAAAUCUCCUGGAAUAACGACAAUAACAUGUUCUUCCUGACCAAUGGCAACGAUUUUAUCAACAUUCUCAGCUACCCCAAACUAAAGCCUGUGCAGUCCAUCAACGCCCACCCUUCUAACUGCAUCUGUAUCAAGUUUGACCCCAUGGGGAAGUAUUUUGCCACAGGAAGCGCAGAUGCUUUGGUUAGCCUCUGGGAUGUCGAUGGGUUAGUGUGUGUGCGGUGCUUCUCUAGGUUGGACUGGCCUGUGAGGACCCUUAGUUUUAGCCACAAUGGGAAAAUGCUGGCGUCGGCCUCAGAGGAUCAUUUCAUUGACGUAGCUGAAGUAGAGACAGAAGACAAGCUGUGGGAGGUGCAGCGUGAGUCCCUGACCUUCACCGUGGUGUGGCACCCCAAGAGGCCUCUGCUAGCGUUUGCCUGUAAUGACAAAGAUGGCAAAUAUGACAGCAGUCAGGAAACUGGGACUGUGAAGCUAUUUGGGCUUCCGAAUGACUCCUGA